AUGCAAGUGCAUAGCCAGGAUAGAUAUCAAUUAUGGGGAGGUUGCUUCGAGGAGGAAGCCUCGACGGAUCUGAAGCAUCUUAAUGACUCUCUUUCAGUGGACAGUCGAUUGUUUGCCGAGGAUAUCCGUGGCAGUAGAGCCUGGGCUAAAGAACUGAAUUUAUCGAAACAUAUAUCUGAUGAUAUUUACAAAGCUAUCGUAGAAGGACUGGAUAAGGUUGAAGAGGAUAUAAAAAAAGAAUUAACAAAGAAUGGUCGGCUUAUGGAUGAAGAAGAAGACAUCCAUUCGGUGGUGGAAAGCCGACUUCGGGAAUACGCGGGUGAUGCUGCUCUUCAUCUCCACACGGCUCGCAGUCGGAACGACCAGUCUGCUACAGACACGAAACUAUGGAUGCUUAAUUCGCUAAAGAAAUUAUUAAAUGAAGUUAUUCAACUCAUUUCGGUAACAAUAAUUCGUGCUGAGAAUGAGAUAGAUAUAAUAGCUCCAGGAUAUACCCACCUACAACGAGCGCAACCAAUACGAUGGAGUCACUUCCUCUUAAGCUAUGUCUGGCUUUUCAAAGAAGACGUUUCGCGAUUAGAAGAACAAAUUGUUCGUCUAUCAACAUGUCCUUUGGGAAGUGGGGCGAUUGCUGGAUGUGCGUUACAGAUCGAUCGCAUCAGGCUGGCUCAUAGUCUUGGGUUCAAUGAUAUAACACCUAACUCAAUGUGCGCUGUUGGAUCUCGAGAUUACAUAGUUGAGUUUUUAAAUUGGUCUGCCUUGUGUGGAUUGCAUCUGAGUCGGUUCGCGGAGGACCUGAUAAUUUACAGUUCCCAAGAAUUUGGCAUUGUACAAUUAUCGGACAAAUUCUCCACUGGGUCGAGUCUGAUGCCUCAGAAGAGGAACCCAGAUGGAUUGGAGCUGAUAAGGGGAGCUGCUGGAUUACUGUUGGGGGACAGUUUCUCAUUCGCUUGUACUUUAAAAGGAUUGCCGAGUACCUAUAACAAAGAUUUGCAGGUGGACAAAGAGAUCAUGUUUAGGUCUUAUGACAGACUGAUGCAUUGUAUACGGGUCAUGAAUGGAACAAUCAAGACUAUGACUGUCAAAUCUGAAAAGGCAGUAGCUCUGUUGGAUCCGGGCAUGUUGGCCACAGAUGUUGCUCACUACUUGGUGCGUCGAGGAGUGCCAUUUCGACGAGCGCAUCACGUUGUUGGAUCCACCUUACGACGGGCUGCUGCACUUGGAGUGACUCUUCAGAACAUGCCGCAUGAAGAAUACGUUGCAAUAUGCCCAGAUUUUGGCACAGAAGAUGAAUUUAAAAAGAUAUUCUCGUGGGAAGCCAGCGUGGAACAGUAUUCGAGUGCGGGCGGGACAUCUCGCGCCGCUGUGCUUCAACAGAUACAAACUUUAGCCGAGUGGCUGCAAAAAUAUAAAAGCUGCUGA